AUGAAUGAUAACCCUAUUAUCAUCGAGAGUGAUUCGAAGGAUAGUGAUUCUUCAUCUUCAAAAAGGGAAAUGGAGUAUGAAUCACAUUCCUUUUCUCUUGUCAAUGUGGGUUUUAAAAUUGACAUUAUCCCUUUGAUCGAUGAUUUAGAAAUGGAAGGAACAUCUAGAGGAUCUCCUUCAGAUGAAGCUCUUUCUAGGGAUUCCUCAGAGACUCUAUUUCCCGAGAAACCUGAUAGGGAGGUUCGAAUAAUGACUAUAGUUGUUGUCUUGGAAGUAGUUUUGACUACUAUCUCGGAUACCACUCUUGAGGUGGAACAAUUCACUAAUGUGGCGACUGACUUUCCCAUUCAUGAGCCUUCUCUGUCUCCCUCUCCUGUUAAGAGAAGUCAGGGGUGA